ACACCAGACCCGAUUUCUUCCUGUCAUUUCAUCGCUCCGCAGCGGCUUAAUCCCCAGCUCCGGGAUCGCAAAAUCGUACUUUUACGUUCAGAGUCUCAGAGAUAGGAGAUCUGGGAUCCACUCCACUAUUUUGAGUGCUUUCGUUCGAGAGAGAUCUCGAAUUCGCUUCCAUUUAAUCUUCAACAUAUCUGCAGUUCGUCGCGCCUCAAAAUGGCCCAACCUCUCGUGAAGAAGGACGACGAUCGCGAUGACGAAAUGGAUUACUCUCCGUUUAUGGGGAUUGAGAAGGGUGCAGUUCUACAGGAAGCCAGAGUUUUCAAUGAUCCUCAAUUGGAUGCAAGGAGAUGUUCACAGGUUAUUACGAAGCUUCUGUAUCUUCUGAACCAGGGUGAGACAUUUACAAAGGUUGAAGCUACAGAAGUGUUUUUUGCUGUGACAAAGCUUUUCCAAUCAAAAGAUAUUGGUCUUCGGAGAAUGGUUUAUUUGAUGAUUAAGGAGCUUUCUCCUUCUGCUGAUGAGGUUAUCAUAGUCACAAGCUCAUUGAUGAAGGACAUGAAUAGUAGAACUGACAUGUAUCGGGCAAAUGCCAUUCGUGUACUUUGUCGAAUCACUGAUGGAACCCUUCUAACUCAAAUUGAGAGAUACUUGAAGCAAGCUAUUGUUGACAAAAAUCCUGUUGUUGCUAGUGCUGCCCUUGUUAGUGGAAUCCAUUUGCUUCAGACAAACCCAGAAAUUGUAAAGAGAUGGAGCAAUGAGGUACAAGAAGCUGUUCAAUCAAGGGCUGCCCUUGUACAGUUCCACGCACUUGCACUACUGCACCAGAUAAGGCAAAAUGACCGCUUAGCUGUUAACAAACUAGUUGCCAGCUUGACAAGGGGGACUGUUCGUUCACCGCUGGCUCAAUGCCUUCUGAUUCGCUAUACUAGCCAGGUCAUUAGAGAAUCUGGAGUGAAUCAAGUGGGUGAUCGACCAUUUUAUGACUACUUAGAGGGUUGUCUCCGUCACAAAGCUGAGAUGGUUAUUUUAGAAGCUGCUAGAGCAAUUACGGAGUUGAGUGGCGUGACGAGUCGGGAAUUAACUCCAGCAAUUACCGUGCUACAGCUCUUUUUAAGUUCUUCAAAACCAGUUCUUCGAUUUGCUGCCGUUCGCACUUUGAAUAAGGUGGCAAUGACACAUCCAAUGGCUGUGACAAACUGUAAUAUUGACAUGGAGAGCUUGAUCUCUGAUCAAAACAGAAGUAUAGCAACUCUUGCAAUCACAACUCUCCUUAAAACUGGAAAUGAGUCGAGCAUUGAUCGUUUAAUGAAGCAAAUCACAAAUUUUAUGUCUGACAUUGCUGAUGAGUUUAAGAUUGUUGUGGUGGAAGCCAUCAGGUCCUUGUGUUUGAAGUUCCCCCUCAAGUACAGAUCUCUGAUGAAUUUCUUAAGCAAUAUUUUGAGGGAAGAAGGUGGAUUUGAGUACAAGAAAGCUAUUGUUGAUUCAAUUGUGAUCCUCAUAAGAGAUAUUCCUGAUGCUAAAGAGAGUGGGCUGCUUCAUUUAUGUGAAUUUAUUGAGGAUUGUGAAUUUACAUAUCUUUCCACUCAGAUAUUGCACUUUCUUGGAAAUGAAGGACCAAAGACUUCAGAUCCGAGUAAAUACAUACGAUACAUAUAUAACCGGGUCAUACUUGAAAAUGCAACAGUUCGAGCGAGUGCUGUCAGUACUCUAGCAAAAUUUGGAGCCAUUGUUGAUUCAUUGAAGCCUCGCAUCUUUGUGCUGUUGAAACGAUGCUUAUUUGACAAUGACGAUGAGGUUCGUGAUAGGGCAACACUUUACUUGAAUACCAUAGGAGGUGAUGGGGCAGUUGUUGAAACUGAGGAAGAGGUGAAGGAAUUCUUAUUUGGACCACUUGGCAUCCCAAUAGUAAACUUAGAAACAAGUUUGAAGAACUAUGCCCCCUCAGAAGAGCCUUUUGAUAUCAAUUCUGUUCCAAGGGAGGUUAAAUCUCAACCCAUUGCAGAGAAGAAAGCACAGGGCAAAAAGCCCACUGGUUUGGCUGCUCCUCCUGGUGGUCCCACUUCAACUAUUGAUGCAUAUGAAAAAUUACUUUCAUCAAUACCACAAUUUUCUAGCUAUGGGAAGCUUUUCAAGUCAUCACCACCUGUGGAGCUUACAGAAGCUGAGACAGAAUAUGCAGUCAAUGUGGUGAAGCACAUAUUUGAUAGCCAUGUUGUGUUUCAGUACAAUUGCACAAAUACUAUUCCUGAGCAAUUGUUAGAGAAUGUCACUGUCAUUGUGGAUGCUUCUGAAGCUGAGGAAUUUUCUGAAGUGGCUUCUAAACCUCUUAAGUCCCUUCCAUAUGACACCCCAGGGCAGACAUUUGUGGCAUUUGAGAAACCAGAAGGAGUCCCUGCGGUUGGGAAGUUCUCUAAUACAUUGAGGUUCAUUGUUAAAGAGGUUGAUCCGUCUACUGGUGAAGCUGAGGAAGAUGGCGUGGAAGAUGAAUACCAGCUAGAGGACCUCGACGUGGUUGCAGCAGAUUAUAUACUUAAAGUUGGCGUCUCCAAUUUUAGGAAUGCCUGGGAAAGCUUGAGCCCAGAUAGCGAGCGUGUAGAUGAAUAUGGUCUUGGCCCUAGGGAAAGCUUGGCUGAGGCUGUGAAUGCAGUCAUUAAUCUCCUUGGCAUGCAACCCUGCGAGGGCACGGAAGUUGUCCCAAGUAAUUCAAGAUCACAUGCUUGUUUACUAUCUGGUGUGUACAUAGGCAAUAUAAAGGUGCUUGUUAGGUUAGCAUUUGGAAUUGAUGGGCAGAAAGAGGUUGCCAUGAAGUUGGCCGUUAGAUCUGAGGAUGCAUCUAUCAGUGAUGCUAUUCACGAAAUUGUUGCAAGUGGUUAGUUUUGUUAUAGGGAAAGGUGGACAGUUAAAAGUUAAAAUGGGCUUUUUUCGAGCCAGCAGGUGCUGUUCAGACUUUGGCUUGCUGUUGAGAUUCACUUUUUAUUACUUUUGUUGAAUGCUGUAGAUGUCUUGAGUACAUUAUAUAUCUGAAAGUUGUUUCUAAGGAAGUUUGCCUAAUUGGGCAUUAUCAUUGUACUCAUUCUAAAUUUUGUAAUCAAUUUACUCUCCCCUCCCCCGGCGGGAUUAUAGACACAAUGAAACAUGGAAGUUAAAAUGUGUUUUCGUAGUA